UGAGGACAGAGGACCCAGUAGCAGCAGCAGCAGCAGCAGCAGAGGACAGACUGUUUAUCUGAAAGCAGCAGUGGACACAAAGCUUCUGGACUAGCGCUAAAAGAAGAAGUUAAGAGAGAACACUGAACAUGGUUUGGUCCCGAGAGAAUGAGACGGAGCGGCCCCCGAUGUCCGUCAUUCUUCCGCGGCUCUACCUGGGAGCAGAGAGCGACGUGACGCAGGACGGGCUGGCUUCGAUGGGUAUAUCCUAUGUGCUGAGCGUGAGCCGCUGCAGCCCCCAGCCCUCCUUCCUCCCCCGCUCCAGAUACCUUCGCAUCCCUAUUGACGACUCCCUGUGGGACGACCUGCUGCCCUGGAUCCCACAGGCUCUCAACUUCAUUGAUGCAGCCAUGUCCUCUGGUGCCUCGGUGCUGGUUCACUGUGCAGCAGGAAUCUCUCGUUCCCCGGCUCUGGCUGUAGCCUACAUCAUGUACAGCCUGGGAAUGGACCUGGACCAUGCCUACAGGUACUGCUGCUGGAUCUCAGCUGUGCUGUCACUCAUCAUAUUUGUCAGUGUGAUCAAAAGGGUUGUACAAGAUUUCUAUUUUUAUCCUAGUGUCUAAGGAUAUUAAUAGGCCUGUUAAAUAGGCCACAUUUGCACACCUAGACAUAAAGUAUACAAUUAGACAUAUUUAUGUAAUGUUAAACAUCAAAGAAAAAUGCAUUUCAUGCA